AUGUCGUGGAACUGUGGGACCUUCCUGGUGCUCCUUACUGCGCUUGUGGUGAUCUCCUUAUCUCCAGAGGCAGACUGUGCAGCUGUGCCCAACAACAGCCAGACAGCUGCAAAGGAGCCACAAGGGCCGCUGAGGAGGAUCUUCAUGAAAGAGGCAGACGCCUCAAACUUUUUCCGGCGACGCAGCAGGAGAGCGGUCAAGUCGCCCGAUGAGCUCAACGCUGAGCAGAGGCAAGUCUUGGCUGCAGACGAGCGCAGGAGAGAGUUCCACGAGGAGAAAAGGAACGAGUUUGAGAGCUACGUCGAAGAGGUGGACGACGAACAAAAUGAGAGGAGCCGUGAGAGCACAGAGCAGUGGCGGGAGUUCCACUAUGAUGGGAUGCAUCCUGCCUACGAGUACAACCGCCAAACCAUCUGA